UCCAGCAGGGGGCGACCGUCAAGAAGUGGUGAUGUGCCGGUGAACCACUUCCGGGUGGAAUCAGCUGUUAAACAACAACAUGAAGGAAACUUCUGUUUUUUUCUGUCGCUUCUCGAAGUUAAAUUAAAAUCAUGUUUCUCCUCCGGACCGCGGCGCUCGGCGGCAGAGCUGUGACCGCCCUGCGGAGCCUGUCCGCCCGCUACACGACCUCCAGAGGCCCCGCUGAGUUCAUCCAGGGCCAGAGCCCGGAGCCACGGAUCAGAGAGUACUUCUACUACAUCGACCACCACGGACAGCUUUUCCUCGAUGACACUAAAGUGAAGAACUUUGUCACCUGCUUCAAAGAUAAACACUUCCUGGUCUUCUUCUUCAAUCGUCUGCGUUCCAAUCAGAGCGGGCGGUACGAGGAGGACUUCCCCUUCCUGUCGCUGUGCGGGAGGGAGAGGAACUUCCUGCGCUGCGAUGACCGACCUGUGGUCUUCACCCACCUGAUGCAGCCCCCCGCUGGGCCGGGGGGGCUGAUGGGAGAGCAGGAGCUGCUGUCGUACGGCGGCGGCGAGGAGAAGCUGACCGUCCCCUUCCGCCCUGAGGCUCUGUACAUGCACCCCCUCAGCGGACGGGUGUACCACCCCUGCUCUGAGCGCUGGGGCGGCGUCGGCCUGGUGCGGUCGGCUCUGGCCAUCGAGCUCAGCCCGUUCUUUGUGUAUCCCUCAGAGCAGGACCAAUCAGAACAGCCCACACACUUUGUCCAUGGAGGACAGAAACUCACGCUGACCAAUGAGCUCGCAGGAUGCUUCCCCUCGGCAGAGGAGGGCGGCGGGCAGCAGGGAGAACCGGGAUAAAAGGAUAACACGCACUGAGAGAAACAUUCUCCUGUUCAUCCACAUGCAGCAUCAGGACCACACAGCCUCAGUGAGGUUGCUACUGAGAAGCUUCGACUGACGUGUCCUCCCGACCUUCACUGACCAUUCACAGGAUGUGAAGCAGAUUUCAUUGGUAAAAUCGAAGGUUAGAAACAUUUUCAGUUGAUUUUUCAUCAAGAUCCAUCAAUCAUCUCCGGGGAAAAUGGUGAAAAUGGUGAAAAGCCUCCUCCUCGUCUCACAAUGCUACAGAAAGUGAAAAUAAUCCUUGAACCUCAAACCUCCAUCGAGAGUUGUUCACUUGUUUUCAUGUUAUCUUAGAGAGGAUGAAGGUAAAUACAUACGACUGAAGAUAAAUCCUACGUUCAAUAAAUAAGAAACUGAGAA